GUAAGAAUGAGAGAAAUCCAUAGAAAAUUAGAAAGAGAAGAGCAGAGCAUCACAGCCCUUCAAAUAUCAGUCCCAACAAAACCCAGCAAAACUCCCGAGGAGAAUCGCCAUGACAAGCUUGGUGAGGGUGCAGCAUAAACAGCCUUCUUGCUCUCUCCUUCCUUCUUCUCUCUCCGACUUCAAUGGCGUCAGAUUGACCACCUCCAUUCAGUACAAAAGGAAAGUAUGGCAGACGAAAGGAGCAUUGCAUGUUUCAGCUUCAAGUGCCAAGAAAAUUCUUAUAAUGGGAGGCACUCGAUUCAUUGGUAUCUUUUUGUCAAGACUUCUCGUCAAAGAGGGCCAUCAGGUCACACUAUUCACCAGAGGGAAAGCGCCAAUCACUCAGCAAUUGCCUGGAGAAUCAGAAACGGACUAUGCUGAUUUUUCCUCCAAGAUCUUACACUUGAAAGGAGACAGGAAGGAUUUUGAAUUUGUAAAAUCCAGUCUCUCUGCUCAAGGAUUUGACGUUGUUUAUGAUAUAAAUGGACGGGAGGCAGAUGAAGUGGAGCCUAUAUUAGAAGCCUUGCCAAAGCUAGAACAGUACAUAUACUGCUCUUCAGCUGGUGUUUACCUUAAAUCUGAUCUUCUACCACAUUUCGAGGUUGAUGCAGUUGAUCCAAAGAGCAGGCACAAGGGAAAGCUUGAGACAGAGAGCUUGUUGGAAUCAAGAGACGUGAACUGGACUUCUCUGAGGCCAGUCUAUAUAUAUGGGCCAUUGAACUACAAUCCUGUUGAAGAGUGGUUUUUCCACCGGUUGAAAGCAGGUCGUCCAAUUCCAAUUCCGAACUCAGGAAUGCAAAUAACCCAACUUGGUCAUGUAAAGGAUUUGGCCAGUGCAUUUGUUAAGGUUCUUUGCAAUGAAAAAGCGAGUAAGCAAGUAUUCAACAUAUCCGGAGAAAAAUAUGUCACUUUUGAUGGAUUAGCAAGGGCAUGUGCAAAGGCUGCUGGAUUUCCUGAGCCCGAGAUCAUUCACUACAACCCAAAGGAGUUUGAUUUUGGUAAAAAGAAAGCAUUUCCAUUCCGUGACCAGCAUUUUUUCGCUUCAGUAGACAAAGCAAAGAGCGUGCUUGGGUUGAAACCAGAAUUUGAUCUGGUGGAAGGUCUUGCAGACUCCUACAACCUGGACUUUGGUAGAGGAACGUAUAGGAAAGAGGCUGAUUUCUCGACAGAUGACAUAGUUCUUAGCAAGAGUCUGGUUCUCCAGAGCUAGGCCAUGUAUUUCCUGUCAUUUGCUUUUCUCAUAUAUUUUUUUUUUGUACUUUGGCUUCACUUUUUAAUCAUAUAUUUAUUACGUAUCAUUUCAACGCAAAAUUUUGCUAUUUCUUUUCAAACAUCCAUUUGAGAGUGGUAUUAGAAGAGACAAAAAGUGGCAUUACUACGGAAUUCAUUACCUUGUUAGAAUUGUAAGAAUGUGACAAUAGUUCGCAAGAAGGCAAUGAAUUGUAGCAAAAGCAGGGCUACUAAUUUUUAGAAUGACUUGGCAAU